AUGAGGAAACAUGUGAGGCGAACGCGACACCUGCUCAAUCGAGCCCGCAGUUGCUUCGAUAGUGGUCAAAUGGUGGAAUGUUUUCGUGGUGAAGUGCUUCGAGUUCUUGAUCGCGCUAUCGAUUCUAACGUGACGUUUCGCGUAACUCCAUUCGUAACCGUGCGCCGAAAUCCUGAUUGGUCCAGCAGUGAGCCACGCAACCCAACAGACGUUGCCCGGCUUUCCGGUUGGUCGGGAUUGUUCCGGAAGUUGCGCGAGCUUCUGCUCUCUCGGCUGUUUCAGCUCAGCUUGGUGGAUGUGGAUGGACGGGCACUGCUCGACUCCACGGCAGAAGGCCGGGGUAAAAAGCACAAGCAAAAGGGUGGUAUGUUCUCGAUGGCACUGAUGGCACUGAUGGCGAUGAUAGCGCAAGUCAUUCUUGGCAAGGUGGCCGUCCUGGCGGCGGUCGCACUGAUCAUGGCAAAGAUCGCACUCGUCUUCUCCACCUUGAAUGGGCUGAAGAAAUCGAACGGAACGGGCGGAGGGCACGGAACCGAAGUCGUCUACGACCACUCGAAUCAUGGGGGCGGAGGUGGAGGUGGCUGGCAGCGGAGCAUCGAACCGCGGAAACCCUACCAGCGUUACCAUUACUACGAGGAGGACGAUCUACCAUACUGGAAGCGACGCCCCGAGCAUCACGAUUAUCAGGACGCCUACGAUGGCGCCUAA